AUGCUCAACAAAUCGCUUCUUUCCGUCGCGGCACUGGUCGUUGCCCAGAGUCUCCCAGGACUCGGGAGAGCAAUUGAUGAACAGCAAACAGUGCGAGUGACAACAUCGGAAAUCAUUCGACCUGGCGAGCUGGCCAACAUUCAUCUAGACUGGCACGAGCAACCACCGAGCAGCAUCAAAGCCAUCUACACGUCGUGUGAUGGGCAGAACUCGACCAAAAGCGUGCAAACCAUUGGCCGCUAUUCAAGUGACGGCGAGCCUCCUCAAAGACUAGCCUGGGCAGUGCCAGAUCAUGCCCCGACACAACAAUGCAUCUACAUCAUUGCAGUGGAUGACACGUUGGAAUCGCCCAAAGUCUUGGGGAAAAGCGACCCCAUCUCCCUUCAAAAGCCACUCCGAAAAAGAUCGACAGCAGACGCCAAUAUUCCGCUUUUGAAGGAUUUCGAUUCCUUGGGAACAUGGUUCGACGGAGUGGCCAAAAUCGAAGAGAAAGUGAAGCAAGGGGGUGGGGUGACUUCGAAGAGCUCCACUAAAAAUACCUCAAUCGCCAUUGUUGGGGGUGGGAUUUCCGGGCUCGCGACGGGUCUGAUGCUGGACAGUGUUGGCGUGCACAACUGGGAAAUCAUCGAAGCUAGUGAUCGUGUGGGAGGCAGGUUCCGAACCAAAUAUGUCGCAGACACGCAGGAAUGGGCUGAGAUGGGCCCGAUGCGACUUCCCUACUCGGUCACUUACAAGAGUGACAAUGAUACUCUGCUGUACACAGAUCAUCAGUUGACCUUCCAAAUGGCCGAGAUCCUGAACAACAUGAACAAGAACGAGUCAAAGUGGAAGAUCGAUUUCAUCCCCUGGGUCCAGCACAGCCCCAAUGAGAUGAUUGCCCAAGGGACUCGCCGACAUCCAGACGGAAGAAUCCCAACACGCGCUGAGAUCGAAGAUGACUCGGGGUUAGAAGAUGCACCGGCAAUGACGACUGCGGAGUACAAGAGCACCGAAAACCAGAUGGACAAGAUCCUCAAGGAUGAGGCAACGCUCAAAUCGAUCCAAAAAGACGUUUGGAGAGCCCACAAGACCGCCAUGGAACAGGGACUCGACGACUGGAGCGAGCAAGCGAUGAUGCGUCACGUCUUCAAGGCUAGUGAGAAUGUCACCGACGAGAUCUGGACAUCAUCCGACUACGAUGUGUUCUGGGAUGAGCUGCAUCAUAAUUCCAAUCUCGGGUUGGAUGGAAGCAAAGGCAGCUUGGGAGAGACAAACUGGGUGUGCAUCGACGGAGGGUUCAAUCGAUUAUCGGAUGCCUUCCUUCCUCACGUCCAAGACAGACUUACCCUGAACCGAAAAGUCAGGAAAUUGGAAUCUGUCCAAGGCAAAGAUGGAAACACCCGAACUCGACUAUCUUGGUAUCCCAGUGUCUCAAAUCGAACAUACGAAUCGAAAGAAUACGACUAUACCAUCAUGGCUGCACCAUUUACCAUGACCCGAUUCAUGGACCUACCCAAGUUCUCCUCCGUCCUGGACCGAGCAAUCAGCGAAGCAGGUCUGCGCUUCAAGUCCGCGUGCAAAGUUGCACUGCUGUUCUCCGAACGGUUCUGGGAAAAGGGCGACCGGCCCAUUUUCGGUGGCUACUCCAAACCAGAAAGCAACUCCGUCGGCGCAUUGUAUUACCCAGUCUAUGGACUCAACGAAUCACGCCCGGGGUUGAUAAUGCAUUACCGAGGCGGCGACUGGAGCGAUCGUUUGGUGAGUUUCUCCGACGAGGAGCACGUACAGACUGUACUGGAUGCCGUCGUCAGUCUGCAUGGUGAACAGGCACGCGAUUUGUAUACUGGUGACUACGAGCGUCUCUGCUGGCUUCAGGAUGAGCAUACUGCGACUUCUUGGUGCCGACCGGAUGUUGAGCAGCAUAAGCUCUACAUUCCGGCGUAUCAUCAGACGGAGCACAACACUAUCUUUAUUGGAGAGCAUACUGCCCCCACACAUGCUUGGGUUAGUUCUUCCCUGCAUUCCUCGGUCAGAGGAUCUAUUCAGUUGCUUUUAGAGCUUGGCUUGGUUGAUGAAGCGAAGGAGCUCAAUCAGAAAUGGAUGGGUAGAUGGAUAAAGCUGUGA